GACGGCGACGAUGGCGCCGCCGCUGUAGCCGUUUUUCCCCCUGCGCUGCGACUCCGACUUCCUGUCCGGCGACUCGGAGGCGGCGCGGGCUCUUCUCUCCCGGUUCCUCCCUCCCUCCCUCCCUCCCCACCCCAGCCGUGCCUUGGGGGCGGGGCAGACUAACCAAGGCGGAAGCGGCGGGGGCCUGUUUCUGGGGUCAGAGCAGGAGCCCAGGGCGGCAAUUUUCAAAGUCUGCGGGGGUUGGGAGAACCCCCAGCCCGCCCCAAGUGGAGUGCGAGAGGGAGGUGAUGGCUGAGGCUCUGCAGAAGAAGCUUCAGGGGGAGCUGGAGCGAUACCAGCAGUUGCAGAAAGAUAUCAAUAAAUGCAUGGCAGCCCGGCAAAAACUAGAGGCUCAGCUGACAGAGAACAACGUGGUGAAGGAGGAACUGGACUUCCUGGACUCGUCCAACUCAGUCUACAAGCUGAUCGGGCCCGUCCUGGUGAAGCAGGACACGGAGGAGGCCAAAGCGACCGUCGGGAAAAGGCUGGACUACAUCACGGGGGAGAUCAAGCGGUACGAGGCACAGAUGCAGGAGUAUGACAAGAAGGCGGAGCAGCAGCGGGAGACGCUGGCGCGGCUGCAGCAGGACUUCCAGAAGGCGCAGGCCAAGGUGGCCGUCAAGGCAUAAAGGGGGGGGGGGAGCUGGCCAGCUGUGUUCAAUGCUAUUUAGGCCUCAGCCCUAUUGAACUGGGCUAAAAUAAAAGAUUUGGGGGCAAGCCUGAGUCU